CGCGGUCGACAAACAGAUCAUACAGUCAUUAUCAAGCAGCGGACAAGCGCGGAUCAAGCCGAGUCAAUCGAAUUGAGCAACGUUAGCGAAGGAAAAAAACUACAAGUCCUCACUACAAGCCAACAGCAGCAUAGCAUUUUAGAGUAGCUUGAAUUUGAAAUCACGUUGGGCUCGAGAACUUAGAAGCGCCUGAAAAAAAAGUUCAAACUUUAUUUGAGUAAAUUUUUCGGCGAAGUUUGCUGUCGCAAUGUUCCCGGAAAAGAAUCGCUGCUUUAUUUUCAAGAUAGUUGGAUCUUGCCUGGUCAUAUUGGGUCUACUGCAUGCAUUUUUUAGUGAAACCCUUGUCAACAAUUUGAUGGAAAAGGAAAUGGUUUUAAGCCCCGAUUCAAAAACGUUUGACCUAUGGAAAAAGCCGCCAGUGAAGGUAACAUUGGAUUUCUACAUGUUUAAUUGGACAAAUCCACAAGAUUUCCAAAAUCUCAAUAUAAAACCAAAGUUCGAAGAACUGGGUCCAUAUCGUUUCACCGAAGUGCCACAUAAAGUUGAUAUCAAAUGGCAUCCAGAUAAUGCAUCCAUGACCUAUAGGAAACAAAGUAAAUACUACUUUGAUGCCGCCGGUAGUAAAGGGCGAUUGGAAGAUGAGAUUGUGACUGUAAAUUCGUUAGCAGUGUCACUGUCCGCCAAAGCGAAGCGUUGGAGCCCAUUGCGACGUCGCGUGAUCGAUAUUGCUUUGAAGGUCUAUCAUAAUGAUAUAACAAUGAAGAAAUCAAUGGAUGAGUUGCUUUUUGAGGGCUUUGAGGACGUGCUUUUGAAUGUUGCCAACUUUUUGCCUUCUUCACUGACUGAUGUGAAGGUGCCAUUCGAUAAAUUUGGCUAUUGUUAUCCGCGCAAUCAUAGCGUUGAUGUUACUGGCCUAUACAACAUUCACACCGGCGCUGAUGAUAUAAGCAAAUUUGGCCAAAUUCACACUUGGAAUUAUCGUAAUACGACCGGAGCGUAUGCGCCCGAAUGCUCGAAGGUCUAUGGCUCGGCGGGAGAAUUUCAAUCUGUCUAUUUAAAGCCACACAAACCGAUACAUUUCUUUUUGUCAGAUGUCUGUCGCACCGUCAGAAUGGAUUAUGUGGAGACUACGGAGGUGGAGGGUGUUAAAGGUUUCCGAUAUGAGGGCGGCAAGCGUAUGGUGGAUAAUGGCACCCUAUAUCCCGAAAACGUUUGCCAUUGCAAUGGAGAAUGUGUGCCAUCGGGUUUAAUCAACAUCUCAUCCUGCUGGUUCGGUUCGCCGAUGUUUAUUUCCUAUCCACACUUUUACGAUGCUGAUCCGUAUUAUCUCAGCGAAGUGGAUGGUUUGCGGCCCGAAAAGCAGAAGCAUGAACUCUAUUUGGUGUUGGAGCCGAAAACAGGACUAAUGUUAGAGAUGGCAGCACGUCUGCAAUCCAACAUUCUAGUCGAACCCAUUUCGGAUUUCACAAUGUUCCGCAACAGACGCCGCAUAUUUUUCCCGCUCUUUUGGUUUGAAGCACGCACACGCGUCUCACCAGAUCUGGCCAAUGAAUUCAAAAUAAUGCCACGGGUCACUUUGUGUGGUCAGAUAUUGGGCGGUAUUAGCGUAUUGAUUGGAGUGGUGUUGCUACUUUGGUAUCCGGUUAAGGCGCAUUUGCAGAAUCGCCUAAUACAACAAAUAAAAAUCAACAAUUUGGAUAGUGAAACGCAUCGUGUAGUGGGCAAAACCAUAUCGUUGCAGCCAGAGAUUUCACCGCUUCUGGUGACAACAGCGCAAGAGAGAACAAAAAUAUUGGAGCGAACCGAUACGAGGCUAUCGGAUUUGAGUAUAGGCGAGAGUACAAAUUCAGCCGAUCGCAGUUCAAUGCAAUCAAGUGCGAGUACAACGUGAUUAGGUCGUAGUUCCUUAAUAUUUAUAGGUAUUUAAUGUAUGUAUAUUAGUUUAUAUGGAACGAGAUUAGUUCUAGAUUUAGUUACAGAUUGUUAUGAAUUUAGAUUUUACAUGUGAAAGCAAAACAAUUUUUAUGUACAUACGCGUAUUUAGUUCAUUCCAAUCAUAACCCAAUCAUUCAUUUAUGAAUACUCUCACGUAAUUUUACACAUUUGUAUUGUGUACACAACUUUUUUAUCGCAAAAUGUUGAAAAAAUAACCAAAAUAUUUAUACAAUAAUUAAUAAAUAGUAAGAAUUAAAUAAUAAAUAAUAAAUAAAUAAAAAAUUAGUCUAAAAAUGUUGGUACUAAUCGAAUGAAAUGAAAAGUACAGUCGUUGAAAAAUACUUAAGAACGAUACCCAGUUCUUUCUAUGUAUUUAAGAUUUU